CAGAGAAUAUACUGAGACAUAACAGACAGAGAGAGAAAGACAUAGAGACGCACUUUGCUGUGCUAUCUGAAAGCUGAAAGGAUAGGAGCGCAUUUAACUCUGUAGAUAAAAUGAGCUUUGAAUGACAGAACAGAAUAUUUUGGCAACAAAGCUUUAUACUUUACAUAAUUCCCAAACAAAGUUACAAUGGUAGACGGCGGAUAUCUAAAACUGAUUGAUUGUCAACAUAGAGGGCUUGGACGUGGCAUGGACAUAGCAUUAUAUGGCUUAGUUCGUGUAGAAAACUGUGGAUUAUAUCGCAAAGUGCAAUACUUACAGUGAAGAAGCGGAGCUGCCUGACGGUCAUGAGGAUGGCCUCUUGGGAAGAGAAUUUGGGUCAGCCCAAUCGCUCUGUUCUGGAGAUGGGGGGGCCACCGGACCUGUCCAGCUCCCUCUUCAAUCUCAGCAGCAGUUAUGGGGGCACAGGGGCUUUCCUCUGGCUGUUUCCGUCAGAGAACAUCACAUGGACCACCACGAAACCCACAAUCCAGCCAGUUGCCCCUCCGCGGGUACGGGACCAAGCCUUGGCCCAGGCAGAGAUAGGGGUGCUGGGGUUGGUGCUUGCCCUCACUGCUCUGGGUAAUGGAUUUGUGCUGUGGGUGUUGCUGCGGAGGAAGAAACAUCACGCUCCCAUGCACCUCUUCAUGGUCAAUCUGUGUGUGGCUGACCUAGUAGUGGCCUUCUUUCAGGUGCUGCCACAGCUGGUGUGGGACAUCACAGAGCACUUCCAGGGCCCUGACGCUCUGUGUCGCUUUGUCAAGUACUUGCAGAUCGUCGGGAUGUUUGCAUCCUCUUAUAUGAUUGUUGCCAUGACUGUGGAUCGGCACUAUGCUAUCUGCUGCCCCCUGCAAGCAUAUCGUGGAGGUGCACCCUCCCGCUGGAACACCCCCAUUAUGGUUGCAUGGGGCCUGGCCCUUGUGCUCAGUUUGCCACAGGUGAGGGGUAAACUUACCUUUCCUGACUGUUUUUUGAUUGGCUCACAACUAUUUUGUUGUACUCAUGACUGUCUCGUCGUUUGCACGCAGGUGUUCAUCUUCUCACGGUCAGAGGUGUCCCCCGGGGUGUUCGAAUGCUGGGGCCACUUUGCUGAGCCGUGGGGUCUUAAAGCAUAUGUCACCUGGAUGACUGUGGCUGUAUUUGUAUUGCCAGCCUUUAUCAUCACUGUCUGUCAGGUUCGCAUCUUCAGAGAAAUCCAUGACAAUAUCUACCUGAAGUCUGAGCGGGUGGUAACGGCAGAGUUUAAGAGGAACUCUGUCUUCUUCCACUUUGGUCAGCGGGAGGGGGGCAGGGGAAGGAGCAGAGAGAGGAACAGACAGAGCAGACACAGCAGUGUCAGUCAAGCUCAUUACAGUCCCUCACAUCAUGCAGGAGAGGAAGCGUGCUCCUCAAGCCUUUAUCAUAGCUACUCUCAUACUCUACCCUGUAGGAGCUCUAUCUGCGAGCCUUGCUUUGGGCACCACCCCUCUUCAGACAGCUCCUCCCCUUCCGUCCAAACUCACCUGCAAAACACCCCCAACCAUCUCUCAGACCCCUCCCAUUCCCAGUCUUUAUCAGCCAAUAGUGUGGGUGCAUUGGCUGGACACCCAAAUAGCUCUGGAGCUUCUGAACUGUGGCCAGGUGUGCUUCCAGAUGCUUUUCCCCUUCCGACCAACUAUUCGCACCCGCCGCCGCCUCUCCCAGGUGUGACUAAGGCCAUGUCUAAGACAGUGAGGAUGACUCUUGUCAUUGUGCUGGUCUACACCAUCUGCUGGUCUCCUUUCUUUAUUGUUCAGUUAUGGGCAGCCUGGGACCCCAACCCACCAAACCAAGGGGCUGCUUUCACUAUCAUGAUGCUUCUAGCCAGUCUAAACUCCUGCACUAACCCAUGGAUCUACACAGCCUUCUCCAACAGUGUGUCCCGUGAGCUGUUUGCACUGCUGCGCUGCCACACCGGAUCCCCACGCAGAGGUUCGCUGCCGGACGACUCAACCACAACUCACACGUCAACCAACACCAAGGACUCCACAUACUGACCUCUGACCUGACUCUACUGCACACACACACACACACCAGCACAUGGCAAACACACCACAGACGUGACAGGCUGUCCCAAAUGCCACUCUUUGCCCAUGUGUUGAUGACAUAACCAGACAGGUAGUGCUCCGAAGGGCACAGUAAACACCUUUUUAGUAUUUAAAAUGACUAAUGAGAUGCCCUACGGUCUUCACGGACAAGUGCCAAUAGCAAAAGUGUGCAAAAAGUGUGCCGUUUGGUGCCGGACUGGGGUAAUGUCCUGGCUACUUUAGAUUCAGGUACAUGGCGGUUACACAAUCUGAAAAGCAGAUACUAAUCUGUCAUCGACAGUGUUACAUCAGUUACAAAGACAAAACUGCAUUGCAAUGCCUAGUGCAGUUUACAGACAGCUGUCCCUUCAGUUACACAAGAGUGUGACGAAUCAGGAGGAAGGUUAGGAAGCAAAGGAUCCGAGGUCCUCCAUUCUUCUCCGUCUUUCUUUCAUGGAUGGUUUUCGUAGAUUAGGGUUGCAGGAUUAUAUCUGACUUUACAGUACAAAGUAAGUGUGGAAAAGAGAAGAAAGGAUGAUAACAAUGCAUACAGAAUGGACAAAAGGUUAUCUGGCUGUACUCCGGACAGCUUCGGAAGACCAGCGGCAAGAUGCUGCAAACGAGAGCCUCAGAAGUUUAGUGGAACAUAUCCACAACCAGCAAGAACGUGACGAAAAUAUCAGCCUGAUUGUGGGAAUCAAACAGUCGCAGCUUAGUGACACAGGAACUUUCCGAAUCAUAUUUACUCUAUAAAUCACAUGUAAAGCGUUCAGAAGACACUGUGAAUUGAAUUGGUCUGCAGUAUUAGCCCUUAAAUGAUUAGAAGUGCUGGCAGUGGAUGUUGUUACAGUGGACAGAAAUCUACAUUUGACUACCGCAGAAGGAAAUCUCAUUUUCUGUGUUGGUCAUUUUUGUGGGUUAAUGUACCAAAGCAAAGACAUAGCACAUUGUUUGGAAGGUGGUGAUUGCAUAAUGCAAUUCACUACAACCAGUACUAUGUACAUAUCCUCACAGUCCUAGGAAAUCCUUGUAAAAAUCAGUGGGAAAAAAUAUGGUAUUUUCUUUUUUUUUUAUAUAUGCUUUGGGUGAGAAAUAUUUUUUUUUACGGAAGCAACAGGGUAAUGGUAAAUGAACAGCAAUACACAGGUCAAUUUUCAAUCUAAACACUGUAGCAGGUAGCAAAAUUUCACAGUUGAAAUCUCUAUUAUGUAUAUAUGUACACACUAAUCACUCAUUAAUUUGUCAGCCUUUUAGCUCUACCUCUGGAAUCAGGGGACCAUUCACAUGCUUCAGAGUAACUUAUUUG